AAAGCCCCCCCGUCGAGUCACUUCCUCCGAUCCUCGCCAUUCCGACGCCGCACUCGCAGAUCUUCCCUUCGUCCUCCACGCCCCACCCCUCGCGUCGCCGCUAUGGCCGACGAGGCCCUGGACCAGCCGCCAGACGCGGCCCCGUCUCCGUCUCUGGCCCCAGCGACGCCGCCGGCCCCCGCCACCUCGUCCCCCGCGGCGCUGCUCCGCCCGCGUCGGGAGGCGUUCGAGCAUGGGCUCCUGCCCAUCCCCAAGCUCAUCUUCCCGGAGGGCAUGCUAGCGCAGACCCUCGCCCAGCUCAAGGAGAAGCUCGCCGCCUCAGUCCCCGACGGGCGCGUGCGCGCUGCGGCCCUGGCUGAGGCGCUGCAGAUCCCGCAGGAGCAGGCGGCGCUCGCCCUCGGCACGCUCGCGGCGGUGCUCCCGGCCGAGGACCCCGUGCUUGGGGACGGCGCCAUGGAUGGUGCUGCCGCCGACAUCCGCGACGUGCUGCUCUUCCUCUAUAUCCAGUCUUACAAGCGCCUCGUUCCGCGGAGCGCGCACAAGGACUCGCCCGCCGUGGCGGACGUCUGGCCGUCCACCUCCGCGUUCGAUGGGUACCUCUCCGCGCUCUCCCCGAUCCAGCUUGUUCGCAGCAACAGCCGCCGUUUUAUGCCUUCUCAAGCUGAUGAAGAAAUUCAUCAGUUGUCCUUUCUGCAAAAGCAUAUGGCGAAUAUUCUUACUCUCUUGGCAGAUUCUGUUGAGGGUGAGGGUGACGAUUCACUGGUAUUGACAAUGGAGACUUUUGAGCACCUUGGAUUUCUAGUUCAGUUCUCAGAAGGAACUUCCUUAAGCCAGGCUGCUACAUUUUUUGCAAACUCAGACCCAGACAUGCCUGCUGUGCCUGUCCCUGCUGCUCAGGUUCUUGAUUGGAUGUCACAGAACAUAGCUUUUUCGCUGGAAUAUUCUUCUGAGAGGUCCGUAGCUAAGGAAAGCAACCAGCAAACCAUGUCUGAUCUUGAUGUGACCAUGGCUGAGGCCAAUACAAGUCACUCACGGAACAGCACACCAAGUGCUAAUCCUGCAUACUACAGAAAUGUAACGUUUGUGGAGGGCUUUUCCAAAACCUCUGUUGUCAAGCAUGCAUCUGAUGUCAAAGGGAAUUCAAUAAAGGUUUUGAACUGUCAUGAUUCUGUUAUCUACAUAUUAGCACCACUGAAGUAUGCUACUGUGUAUGGUUGUUCUGAUGCUACGGUUGUUCUUGGUGCUGUUGGUAAGGUAGUAAAAGUGGAGCAUUGUGAAAGAGUGCAUAUCAUUGCAGCUGCAAAACGGAUUUGUAUUGCCAACUGCCGGGAGUGCAUCUUCUACCUAGGAGUAAAUCACCAACCUCUUGUAUUGGGGGACAACCAUAAAUUACAAGUUGCUCCAUUCAAUACAUGCUACCCACAACUGCAGGAUCAUAUGAUGCAAGUGGGUGUUGAUCCCAGUGUCAACAAAUGGGACCAACCUUUUGUAUUGGGAGUUGUGGAUCCACAUGAUUCAUUAUCCCAUCCUGCUGGGGUUGCAGAUGUUAAAGCUGAAUCAGCAACAUGUCUGGAUCCUGAUCUAUUCACCAGUUUUUUGAUUCCUAGUUGGUUUGGGGAUGAAGGGCAAGAGCCUAUAAACUGCAAUCCUUUCCCACUGCCUGAAAUUUAUGAGGCAUUCCAAAGCAAAAAGCGUUCUGCUCUGGAAGAUAUCCAAAAGAUGAUUCGGGAGCUACAGCUUGACGAGAAUCGGAAAAGGGAAUUGGCAGCUGCCCUUCAUGCUCAGUUCAAGGAUUGGUUAUACGCUUCGGGCAAUAUCCGCCAGCUCUACUGUCUACAAGGUGAUUAAUGGUGCAAUUUACAAGACUGAUUAUCCUCUGCCGACUCCUCAAAAACAUUCGACGAUUGUCGAAGCUGACCUCUUCCUUCCAUGGAAAGGACUCCCACCCUGCUCACCUGCGGUAUUUACACAAGUAUGUAAAAAAUGAAGAUGUACUAUUGCCUAUUUUUUACAGAUUCAUUUGCGUAUUUCUCCAAGUCUUCUCUUUGCUGCGAGUUGGGUAUUAAUUAGGAUGUGAUAUUGCUUAAUUUCCCCCCUGUUUCUACUCAUUUUUUGGCCCUUGAUAAUGUCCACGAGUAUGUAAUAGGGACUAAUGAAUCAAACGUUGUUAAAUAAACAUUUCAUUCCGUUUUGCUAAA